UUCGCCACGCCGCCGCGCACGGCGCCUUCGUCUCCAACACGGCGACGCAUUAACCCCCCCGAUUCCGGCGACCAAAUUCCCCAACCCCCACUUUUUUUCUGGCGAACCCCGCACGCUUCCGCGACCGCGAUCCCACGAGACACACCAUCCCCAACCUCCCCGGCGUCGUGUAUGCGCGUUCGCCGGGCCGUGAUCUGAUCGGCCAAGGCAAAGCCCAUGGCGGAGCCCACCCUCCUCGCGCCGGAUCCCUUCGGGGACAUCUCCUUCCCCGAAUUUCAGGCGCCUGCUGACGUCGACAAUUUCGUCUUCGAGGACUUCGAUCUGGAGGAUCUCGACCUCGACGUGGACUUCGACCUCGACCCCUUCGCCUCGGAUGGGCUGCUCGCGCAGCCGCCGCCGCUCGCGACCUCAUCUUCCUCGGCCGGGUCUCCGGAGGGGGGAUCGUCGUCUUCCGGCGCCGGCGGGGACGGCGGGUUGAGGAACGAGGAGUCCUCGGAGUCGUUUUCGAGGAGCGCGAGCGGUACGGGCGGCAGCGGCAAGGGGAAGAGGGAGGACGACGAGGCGAAGCGGCGCGCGCGGCUGGUGCGCAACCGCGAGAGCGCGCACCUGUCGCGGCAGAGGAAGAAGCAGUACGUGGAGGAGCUGGAGGGUAAGGUGAAGGCCAUGCAGGCCACCAUCGCCGACCUCUCCGCCACGAUCUCCUGUGUCACCGCCGAGAACGCCGUCCUCAAGCAGCAGCUGGGUGGUGCCGCCGGAACCGCCCCGCCGCCGCCGCCGCCGCCGCCGCCGCUACCGAUGUACCCCGCGGUGUACCCUUUGCCGAUGCCGUGGAUGCACCCAGCGUACGCCAUGCGUGGAUCGCAGGUACCGCUCGUGCCAAUUCCUCGUCUGAAACCCCAGCAGCCUGCACCUGCUACAGCAGAGCCACCGGCCAAGAAGGCUAGGAAGACCAAGAAGGUUGCAAGUGUCAGCCUCCUGGGAUUGCUGUGCCUCGUGAUGCUUUGUGGGUGUUUGAUCCCUGCAGUGAAUCGGAUGUAUGGCUCAGUUGAUGGCGGAGAAGGUGCUGCAUUUGGUCCAUCUCAUCAUGGGAGGGUGCUGGCUGUUGAGGGUCCUCGUGAUACUGUCUCGGAUAGUAUUGAUCCAAAGCUACCACAGGGUACAAGCGAGACACUGCCAGCACUGUUGUAUCUACCGAAGAAUGGGAAGCAUGUCAAGAUUAAUGGUAAUCUUGUUAUUAAGUCCAUUGUUGCAAGUGAGAAAGCUUCUUUGCAAAUGUCUGGCUAUGAUGGGAAGAGUCCUCGAAACCAAGGAAAGGAGGAGACUAGCUUGGCAAUUCCUGGCUAUGUGGCACCAUUGGAAGCUGGAGAUGUCAUGGAAUCAACUACAGGAAUGAAAAAUAAACUGAUGGCUUUGGCUCCAGCAGAUGGAAACAUGUACAGGGAGGACGAUGGAUUGCUGCCACAGUGGUUUAGUGAAGCGAUGUCAGGUCCCUUGCCGAGCUCAGGAAUGUGCACUGAAGUUUUCCAGUUUGAUGUAUCUCCAUCCACCGCUCAUGCAAAUGGCAUUGUUCCUGUUUACUCAAAUGCCAUGUCAAACUCGACGCAGAAUUUUACGGAAAAUCUUCCCUCUGCUCAUCCCCACACGGUGAAGAACAGAAGGAUUUCAUACUCCGAGGCCAUUCCUCUAAAAGGUUCAACUUCCAACAACACAGAACGCCUCAAAACGCCACCAAAGAAUGAGAGCUUUGGCAGUAUGAAGCCUGUUUCAUCGGUGGUCGUCUCCGUGCUGGCUGAUCCAAGAGAGGCUGGCGAGGGGAACGGCGAGGGGAGAAUCUCUUCAAAAUCAUUGUCCCGCAUCUUUGUAGUCGUACUUAUAGAUAGUGUAAAGUAUGUCACUUACUCUUGUGUCCUGCCAUUCAAAAACCAUAGCCCUCACCUGUAAGUCUGGGUUCUGGAGCUGAGUAUGUAUUCAGGAUCUAUAUAACAUUAACUUGAUAGUGGUUCUCGUGUGGAACUGAUGUACUGUUUAUGUUGAUAGAGUUGGACAGUAUUGCGAAAGAGUCACAAGGCGGAUGGAUUUGUUCAUUCAAGUCGAUGAACCUUGUGCUUUGACA